CGGGCAGCCCGCGGCGGUUGGUCUCGCGCAGCGGUGCUUGAUGGGGCCGCCCCGCCUCAGGCCGGCGGGAGCUGAGGGGGUUGUUGUUUUAAGGAACAUGGAAGAGUGAGCUCUCUGCAGUUUUUUCAGUUCCUCAUCUGUUUGAUGUCAUGAUCAAACGUUUGGUGGAAGAUGUGCGAGCCAAGCUGCGCUCUGGAACAACUAUCAGCUCACUGGGGCAGUGUGUUGAGGAGCUUGUCCUCAAUAGCAUUGAUGCAAAAGCCACAUGCGUAGCUGUAAGGGUGGAUUUGGAAGGUUUUAAGGUCCAGGUGGUGGACAACGGCUCUGGGAUGGGGAGAGAGGACUUAAAUGCAAUGGGAAAGCGGUACUUCACCAGCAAAUGCAAAUCGGUGGGAGACUUGGAGAAGCUGACGUCCUACGGCUUUAGAGGGGAGGCUGUGGCAAGCAUAGCCAAUGUGGCCAGCAUAGUGGAAAUUUCGUCUAAGAGCAGCAGAACAGCAAAAACAUUUGUGAAACUCUUUCACAAUGGGCAAGCACUGGAAGUCUGUGAAGCUGAAUUGAGCAGACCAAGUGGUGGAACUACAGUCACUGUGUGUAAUCUGUUCCAUCAGUUACCAGUAAGGAGGAAGUGUAUGGAUCCUGUGUUGGAGUUUGAGAGAGUGAGGCAGAAAGUAGAGGCUAUUUCACUGAUGCAUCCCUCUAUUUCACUAUCUUUGAGAAAUGACGUUUCUUGUUCUAUGGUGCUUCAGCUCCCUAAGACAAGAGAUGUGUACUCACGGUUUUGUCAAAUUUAUGGACUUGGCAGAUCCCAGAAGUUACGAGAAAUAAAUCACAAGUCUGGGGGAUUUGAGAUAAAUGGUUAUAUCAGUACUGAAGGGCAUUACAACAAGAAUAUGCAGUUCUUAUAUGUGAAUAGAAGGCUUGUUUUAAAGACAAGACUCCAUAAACUGAUUGAUUUUUUAUUAAGAAAAGAAAGUGUCAUUUGCAAGGCAAAAAGUGCCCCUGUAAGCAGACAGGCUAGUCCUAGUUGCCACCGUUGUGGCCCAGAGUUGUAUGGGAUCUUUGUUCUCAAUGUGACCUGUGCAUACAGUGACUAUGAUGUAUGUCUGGAACCUGCAAAGACUCUAAUUGAGUUCCAAAACUGGGAUGUUGUUCUAACUUGUAUAGAGGAAGGAGUGAAAAUAUUUUUGAAACGAGAACAUUUAUUUAUUGAACCAUGUAGUGAGGACAUCAGAGAAUUUAAUGAAGAUAAUGACUUUAGUUUGUGUAAUGCUCCAGUUCUGAAGCCCUCACUCCCUGAUGAGAAAAGCAUCCAGGACAGUUUUAAGAAAGCAUGUGAUGAAAUUUUGGAUUCCUAUGAAAUGUGUAACUUGCAAUCAAAAGAUGUCAAAAGGAAAUCUGUUACUCGACAGAAAUCUUCAAGUCUUAUAGAGUCAAAUAAAAAUCUACAGGAAACUGAGAUCGCCCCACAUCAGAAGAUUGAUGAACCGUCUGAUCCAUGCAGAAACAAUAGAGCAGAGAUUCCACUGCCCAGCAAAGAUGACACAGCUUCUGGUUUCCUUAUAUCAGAUAUCUCGGAGCAGGAGCCAAAAGACACUAUCAGUUCCCAGAAAGUGCCUGAUGCUCAUCUGAAACCUUCAGGAAAUCUUUGUUCCUCUUUCAGUGAAGGGGCCAGGUCAGAAAUAAGAAAAAUAGACAGUUGUGAUGACUUGCAGCAUUGUGCAGAGAAUUACAUAAAAGACAUGGGAAGCCAGCAAGGCAAAGUAGUGCAGAAAAGCAAUAAAGUCUGUACCUUAAAUAAUGAUGUUUCUCAGUUGUCAUCUGAGAGAGGAGACUCUACUGAAGCAGCAGUGGGAUCUGAAAUUGUCUCUGGAAAUUCGCUGAUGAGGCUCUGCAAUGCAAAGAGAGAAGAUGGGGAAACAGCUGACUUGACAGAUGAUGCUGGAAGACAGGCUGUUAGUUCAAUACCAUUGAAAUUGUGCUCUACAGGCCUGAUAACAUGUGUUACACAAAAAGAGGCCCCACAUGAAUGUGAACAAACAGAAAUAAGUCUUGCAUUAAACAUGCAACGUAGACCUGGCCCUGUCAGCGCCAAGGAUGCGUUUGGCCACAACGUAAAUUUGCGGUCUUUAAAUUCUAAGGAUGUUUCCAGUAGUACAAAUAAAGAAUAUACACCUCCUUACACCAGGGAUGUAUGCAUAGCUGAUGGUAGCGAGUGGUUACAGAACAACACUUUGUCAAAAAAGGUGAAUAAGGAAGCAUCUCUGCCUACUGCCAGCAGUAGAAUGCAUUGUGAGACAUCAGACAUUUCAGAAUUGCCACUGGCAACUUCUUCAGGUAUUCCUCAAAAUAAAGUUAUAAAAAGCAAUAGAAGACAAACAGCUGUGCCAAGACCUCAGCCCUCUGUGAAGCUGAGCUUGUCCUCACAGCUAGGUUCAUUGGAAAAGUUCAGGAGAUACUAUGGGAGGGACAAGUGUACGCUACCAACGCCGUCACAGCAGAGUGAAUUUGAUCUCACGGUUUUUAAUUCACAAGCUAAUUGUGACUUUUCAAGGAAUGAUAAUGACCAUCAUGGUAACUUGAGCACUUGUGAAACUCCAGCUGUGGAAGACACAGAUUCUGAUACUAGUAGUGAAGUUGUUUCUUUAGGGUAUACUUUAUUCUGCAGUGGAGCAACUUCAGAGGACAGACAAGCCCUUUGUCAGAGUCCUUUGACAUUGUCUGGUUACUGUAAGGUUAGUAACGACCAUGCAAGUUGUAAAAGAUCUCCAGGAUCAUUGUCAUCUAAACUGUCCAGAAUGAAAGGUGACCACAAGGAAUUAGAACAACUUAGUGAACAAUUCCCAAGAGAUUCAAGUAGAAAAGAUGACUACUCUUUUGUUCCUGGACCUUCAAAUAAUGAUUUUUCAUAUAAUGCUUGUAAAACAUAUAAAUCCUCAGUAGAAAGAAUGGGGGACUGUAAUUACGGUGUUUCUAAGGGGGAUGCAUGCUGGCCAUUGGACGGUACAAUACUGGAGCCUGUGAAAAGUACUGUCAGUGCAUCACCACUCAGCAGCAUAGAAGAGGAGUACACAGUCUCUUCAAGCAGUGUUUUAUCAUUACCUGCUAAAAAGGAUUGUAGUGAUGACAUCUGUAAAGAUAAAAGUAUGUUAGAUAGACCCUCCGAACAAAAUUUGAAAGAUACUGAGGCUCCCCACACAACCUUCCUAAGUAACUUGCAAUUCUCUGCAUACAACACAAGCACAGGGGAUCCCAGGAAUGGUGCGUGUUGUUCUGACUGGCUGCAAGAUUUUGAUGUUUCAUUGGGUAAGACUAUAUACAUCAAUAAAACAACUGGACUGAGCACCUACAACACUCCUCCUGUGGCAGGAUUUCAAGCUGCCUGCAUUCAAGAUAUAACAACAAUGGCUGUGAAUGUUGUUUCAGAGAGCGGCUUUCAGUUCAGGUGCCAUCCGUUUAGAAGUGAGACUGUGCUACCCUUCCUUCCUAGACCUCAAAAAGAGAAGACUCUAGCAAGCCAGGAUCUGAGAGAUACUGAAGGGGAGUCUCUCCAGUCAUUGCUUUCAGAAUGGGAUAAUCCUGUUUUUGUUCCCUGCCCAGAGAUAGCCAUUGAUGUGACCAGCAGUCAGGCUGACAAUCUGGCUGUGAAAAUUCACAACAUCUUACAUCCUUAUCGUUUCACCAAAGACAUGGUUCAUUCAAUGCAGGUUCUUCAGCAAGUGGACAAUAAAUUUAUCGCUUGUUUAAUCAACACUAGAAAUGAAAUGGAUAAAGAGGCAGAUGGAAACCUUUUGAUUUUGGUGGACCAACAUGCAGCUCAUGAACGGAUACGUUUGGAGCAGCUUAUUGCAGAUUCCUAUGAGAAGGAAGCUGCAGCAUGUGGCAAGAAGAAAUUACUGUCUUCCUCCAUCUCUCCCCCUUUGGAGAUCAAAGUUACAGAAGAGCAAAGAAGAGUUCUACGAUGCUGCUACAGAAAUUUGGAGGACUUGGGUCUUGAAUUAUCAUUUCCUGAGACCAACAGGUCCUCGAUUCUAGUGAGGAAGGUGCCACUGUGUUUUAUAGAAAGAGAAGCCAAUGAAUUACGACGGAAAAGACAACCUGUCACUAAAAGCAUUGUAGAGGAGCUUAUUCAAGAGCAGGUUGAGCUAGUGCAGAGCACAGGAGGAAGAACACAAGGGAUACUGCCUCUGACGUUUCUGAAGGUGUUAGCUUCCCAGGCCUGUCAUGGUGCUAUCAAGUUCAAUGAGCAUUUGACUUUGGAGGAGAGCUGCAGGCUUAUUGAAGCUUUGUCAUCUUGCCAGCUUCCCUUCCAGUGUGCUCAUGGAAGACCUUCCAUGAUGCCUCUUGCAGACACAGAACAUCUACAGCAGGACAAGCAGCCCAAGCCCAACCUGGCUAGACUGCGGAAGAUGGCACGAGCAUGGCACCUCUUUGGAAAAAAAAGAGCCUAAUCAAAAAAAGCAGACUGUAAGCUGCAACCACCUGCUAUUGUUGUUGGUAUGAGCCUGGUCCCCUGUUGUUAGACCUCAAUGCCCUGUGGGGAGCCAAGUUUCUGAGCCAGUGCAGUCACUGAAGUUCUGCUCAAAGUACUGACGUAAGCAGCAGAGACCAGCCAGGAGAACAUGACAGGA